AUGGCUCCCCCUAAUCCAGACUUCCCCGCAGUCCGCGCCUGCAUUUUCGACAUGGACGGGCUCCUCAUCAACUCUGAAGACAUAAUCAGUCUAUCCACGAACCAACUGCUGGAAAGACUCGACAAAUGGCGAUAUAUUCCACCACUGGGCCAAGUUACCUAUCUCCCGCGAGAAAUUGCCCGUGAAUCAAGCGAGGGCAUGCGACUAUUUUUCCCGGAUUGCAGGCCGUUGCCUGGCGCGGAGAAGAUUCUAUCGAAUCUAAGCCGUGCACGGAGUGCUUCGUCUGGGGACGUGAUUCAGCUGGCUUUGGCUUCCAGCACCAAGACCCGUAGUUAUGAGUUGAAAACUGCGGGGCCGGAAUCGAAACUACUGUUGAGCUUCUUUCGGUCGGACAGGAGAAUCCUGGGUGAUGAUCCACGAAUGCGACGGGGUCGAGGGAAGCCAGCGCCCGAUAUUUAUUUGCUCGCGUUGCAGUCUUUGAACUCGGGAAUAGACUCUGAGGAAAAGGCUAUCCUGCCCAAUGAAUGUUUAGUCUUCGAGGAUAGCAUCGCUGGUGUAGAGGCUGGGAGACGCGCUGGUAUGAGAGUUGUUUGGGUACCGCAUCCAGAUGUGGCGGUCGAGUAUCAGCCGAUGCAUAAAGAUAUCCUGGCUGGGAGAUCAGGAAGAUUUAAGGUCGGAGAUGACUGGCAGCUAGGAGAGAUUGAUGAUGGCUGGGCAGAAAGUAUACCUAGUCUGGAAGACUUUGAUUACGAGAAGUACGGCCUCGAUGUGGCAUUUUAA